AUGUCCGUCAAGGCUUUUGUGGAUGGUUUGAUCAGCUCGAAAAAGGUCGUUAUCUUUUCCAAGACCUAUUGUCCAUUCUGUACUAAGGCCAAGGAUGUCUUCAAGUCUUUUAAGCUCCAAUCCGGAGCUGUGGAGACUGUUGAACUGGAAAACCGACCAGAUUGUGAUCAAAUACAGGAUUAUUUGAAGGAAUUAACUGGUGCCAGGUGGGUUGAAAUCGGAUUUAUUAGCAGUUUUAUCGUUUAGAUCCGUGCCCCGCGUCUUUAUUAACGGGAAGUUCCUGGGUGGUGGAGAUGACACCGUCGCCGCCUUCAAAGAUGGAUCACUGGAGGUUAAGCUGAAGGAAGCAGGCGCUCUUUAA